AUGGCCUCAGACGACCUUUACACCGCCCUGUUGCGGCCAGCAGUCAUCCAGAUCCUGAGAGCGGCAGGGUUUGGCUAUACGCGCCCGGCUGUCAUUGACUGCCUGACCGAUCUUGCUGCACGGUAUCUAAUUCUGCUGGCUGCUUCGACCGCGCAGAAUGCGUUAACUCUUCACAAUACACCCGUGCCAACGAUACAGGAUGUGCGUCUCGCAAUGAGUCAGGCUGGAGCGCUGACUCCGCAGAUGAGCACGGUGGAGGAGAACCUCAGGGAUGACGUGGAAGUGGAGGGCGUGAUGGUUCCGUUCGAGGACUUGCGAGGGGUCGAAGGAUUCGUAAACUGGGCUCAAGGGCCGGUUAACAAAGAGAUUCGGAGGGUGGCAGGAUUUGGCGACGAUGCCAAUGUGGAGGAAAUUGCUGCAGGGCUUGACGACCAGGAGGACUAUCUCACCGCCAUGAAGAAAAAACACAGCAGAACUGGCGAAGAGUCUCGAUUCCAAGGCACCAUCCUUGGAAAAGAGACCGAAGUCCAGUCUGUAGUGAUUACAGGAGGGCCGUCUGCAUCGCUUGCAGAGUGGACGCAAUCCUGGCUAUCGGCGUCGAAGAAAAACUCGACAGCCGACGACGAAAUCACCUCACCUGCGACAUCCGGCAUCAGCAGCGCCCCAUCGACACCUCCCGAGUAUCAAUGA